UGUUAAGACCCACCGAGUUCUCACGCCCUUCACUAUGUCUUACUUUCGGUUUGAGCUGGCGUCGGCAUUUAAAGUGGAUUCUCUUUAUUGAUGCUGUUGUUUCCUCCACACGAGGCAGAGACACUGGUGAUGAGAGGCGGAGCAAACAAACACUGACAUAAAAGUCAGUAGAAAGAGGAAAACAAUUAAGAAAACACGCAGGUGUGUGAACGCCACUCACACGGCGGGUGAAGAUCCGGGACCGUCCGCGCUCUCAGUCUCUCCUGCAGCCGGAGAGCGCGCACCACACACGGGAUACACCACGGGAAGAGUGUCGGUGCAAACUUUGUGUUUGUCUGGGAAAACACACACACACACACACACACACACACAGCAGCCCAAUGGAGAAGAGCCAUGGAUUCACGAGGACACUUCUUCAUCAUCACCAUCAUCAUAACCGCGUAAUCUCUUCAUCAUAAACAGGUUAUCACCAUGUUUCUGACGUGUGUUGACACCACGCUGGCGCUUUUUGCCCUCAUGGUGUUUCCACUACUGCUGGAAUGUACCACCACAUGUCAGACGAUAAACCAAAGUGAUUAUGUCGAGGGACCAGUGAAAUUGACCCCGGUGGUGGUCCAGGGUCCCGGGGAGGCGUAUUCUGAAUGUAUCACUCUCCGUGUUUGGAUGAAGGCUCAUGACAUCUGCAAAACCCCGAAGAUUGAAAUUCUCUCACGGACCACGCAGACAUUUUGGCCCGUUGUGAAAAAGGGAAAAAAGAAAAAUAAGUGCAUCAAUGCACCAAUUCCAGCUCAGAACGGAAUCUCGUGUGUCAAACGGAAGGACUACAGUCCCAGCUCUCACUUGUGGGAGUUUAAAUAUGAUUGUAUCAAAGCGGAAGCCGAGCGUGUUGUUUCUGUGACCUACAGCACAGCAUCGACACCCUACACCGUCAACUACACUGUGCCAGAUCCCGUCCCAGAGUUUGAGCUGUCUGUGAACCGCUCGUCAAAGUCCGUCACCGUGACUGUGCAGCUGGGAAAGAAAGUGCACACCAUGUGGUGCUACAGAAACACAUAUGGAGCGUGCAUGGGCGACUCAAGCUCCUCCCAAAUCACUAUCGAUCCAUCGAAAUCUCCAUCAGCUGUUCUUAACCUGUCAUACCUGCUGCCCUGUGUGUGUGUGCAGGUAUAUUACACCUACACAGAUGCACGGCGAAAACUAAAGUGUCCUUUUCUGAAGGAAAGUCUCUCAGAGGUUGGAGACGUGUGGCGUUCCUCUGAAGUCACUCUGUAUGAGACAGGUUUGACGUGGAGCUCAUUGUGUCCUGCCAGCAACAUGAACGUCUCUGCUGCCCUCUGCUGGAAGCAGCGCGACCACCUCUGCAUACCUGUGCUCAACUCCACGCUGGAGGAGAAGGACGGCGACGGGUCACACCUGAUAUUUGACACGUCUGCAGUGGACAAACACCCAGACAUGUGUGUGCAGUUCUCUCUACAAGGCAGCCACAACAUCACUUGUCCCUUCCAGGCUGACGUGCCGUCCUGGGAGGUGGACAUUGGACUGAGCAAAAAAAGUGUGUUUGUGUCUCUCACGUCUGCCGUCUCAGCUGAGUUCUCCUCUCAGCUCUGUGUCGUUAGCGAGGACGGUUGUUCACCCUUAGGCCCCGUUCACACACUCAGACUGGAGGGGAAACCUGCAGAGAUGAAGAUAAACAUGCCCGCUGACUCUCUGGUUCAGAAGCCGUGUGUGCAGGUGUGGCAGUCAGAUCCUGCUCUUCAUGGGAAACGGAUUCUGUGCUGGGACUACACACACCACAGACGUGGCAUGUAUGCGUUUGCAGCUUUGAUUCUCGUGGUUGUUUUUGCGUCACUGGGAGUUUUCAUCUACCGUCUCACGAGAAGUGGAGCAGCAGGCUGGCUGUACGUGCAGAAGCCAGUGUUGCUGGUGUGUUCAUCAGAGCAGUCAGCCCACGUGUCUGCUGUGUGCGCUUUAGCCUCACUUCUGCAGGGGGAGCUAAAUGCCACAGUGCACACGGCUCUGUGGGCCCAAAGCUCACAAAGUGGGACUGGGACCAGGACCGGAGUGGCAGAUCUGGGUCCACUUCCUUGGCUGUACGGGCAGUGGGAGUCUGUGCGCAGGGCUGAAGGAAAGGUGCUCAUUAUUUGGAGUCAUGAGGCCACGACAUCCUAUGAGAAAUGGAAGACGAAGAGGGAAAACACGGAUAAGAAGGAGGAAUAUAAAAAAGGCGGCGAAGAUUGUGACGAAGAAGACUGGUACCAACAGAGGGAGCCCUCUUCGGUGAUAGCACCGAUGUUUGCAGGUGCUCUGGCCUGCCUGCAGGGGGCACUGCAGCAGUCCAAAGGUCAAGGGGUGGCCAUUGUGUAUUUCCAGGGCCUGGGCCACAGCAGAGACAUCCCCAAAGCCUUCAGAGAGGUCCCUCGCUACUGCCUCCCGCAGGACUUCAGGGGUUUGAUACAGGAGCUGGGAGGCAUUAAGAGAAGGACCAACACUCAGGGUCAAUUAAAGACGCACUGUUGGCCAAGAGUGCUGGCUAAAGUGCAGUCCAUAUGGCUGGCACGACAGCUGGCUCACAGACUGCAAACGCUGCUGCCUCAGACCGCGGGCCGUGGAAGGAGAGCGCAGAGGCGGAGUGUCGCGUCGUCAAAGAGAAAGAUUUCAGAUAAGAAGCCGGGUGAGCUCGAGCGGUCACUGGCUGCAAAUGGAGCGAGUCCAGAAGCCGCACACGAGCGAGAGCCUCUCCACGGGUCACGGCUCAGGGCAGAGGAGCUUUAAUCUCAGGUUUCACAGGAGAGCAGACUUUUGUUCUGCAGGAAACGUGAGACAUACAUGAGAAACCGGAGCUGGCGUUCUUUUGUGAGCAGCUCGGAGCCAAAACACUCACAACAACAACUGUUCUUCACUAAAAACUGCAUAUUUGCAUAUUGAGAAGGUGAGCGCUGCAGCGACUGAGGCUCUUUUAUGGCUGAAACCAAUCACAAACACCCGACUUAUCUCUGUAAAAAUGCUAACCGCACGGUUGCAAAUGAUACCUCACUUUCUUCAUGAAAGCCUUGUGACAGCACAGCACAGCACAGUACAGUAUUUUUUUGCAUUUGCAUUUGCUCUUUCAAGGUCGCAUCUUUCAACCAUUACAAGUGAGACUUGUUUCUCUGCAGCCCUGUAUUUAAAAUUAACAUUUAAAUAAACUUAUUUAACCUUUAUUUGACCAGGAAAAAGUCCCAUUGAGAUGAAGAGCCUCUUUUCAAGGGACACCUGGCCAAGCUCAUCUAAAACUCGGGACAUCUUUGUAAAUCCUUCUCCAGUUCUUUCAAUUUUUACACACCGACUACCUCUCAAUACUCAAGAACUCAACGUACGUCCAACACGGUGACGUUCCUCUGGUGUCCAGUUCCAAGAUAAUAAAGGAAUCACACCCCAAUUCAAAACGUUGAAGAGUCUCUUUUGCCAGGGAGAUUCUUUUCUUUCAUUUCUGUAUAAACAUGUUUGGUUAAUUGUCAUGUGUCAGAUCCAGGCAGAGAUGGAAAGUGAAAAGUGCGUCUGCUCCGAGCAGCAGUGGACACCUGCACAAGAAAAAAGCACGAGUACAAAGCCCCCAAAGGACGACACUGCACAAACCUGCUCAGUUUACAGAGAGCAGACCGCGAAGACGAGACAUCUUGGAAGUUUGAGAACUUCAGAAACUUCAGGACUUCAAGACAUUCUGAUUGUAGCUGCAGGACACAUUUGAUAUUAAGUUAAGGGACUGGAGCCUCUGGAGGUUCCUGCCAGGAAUCCCGAUAAGGAGCGCAUUACAGUAGUCCAGCCUGGUUGAGGGAAAGACCAUUUACAGUCCAAAAAGACUCCUACUGUCUCCUUGGCAACAUCCUUUCGCACAUCUGGGAUACUGUCCUCAACUGGAGACAAACGGGGACGUAGUCAUCCCCCGCUGUCUCACAAACUUAUAUAAAGCUCAAGUUACAUUCAUGCCAUUUCACUCUGUUUCACUAAAAGAACUUGAAAUUCGAUUGACGUGACUGAACCAAACCAAGCUCCACAAUCAUUCCUGCAGACCUGGUCCCACUGGGAUGUCCGUGCUCUUGACUGCAUGUCCAUCGCAGGAAAAUGCACAAAAAAAUGAAUGAUCUUACCGAAUCAUUGUAGCUAUCUUAUGCCAAAUAGUAGAGGGAAAGAUAACGCCAGUAUUAUUCAAAUACUGUCAACCGUACAUGUUCUGUGCAGAGGUCGCCUGAAAAUCUUACUAGAAUGUUAAAGCCGUUAAAAGUGAGACUCGGGUACUUUCCCAGGUCAAAACAUAUCUCGGUCUGUGCUGAAAGUUGGCACGAAAUAUUUGUUUUUGUUUUUCCUGCUUCAGUGAGCAGAGACAUCAACACUGCCGGGGUUACACAAUAAAACAUAUAUCAUGAAUGUAGAACAAGGAGUGACAUCAACAUGAAUUCAAUACACUCCAGUGUUUUGAGUGACAGAUCCAUCAGGAAGUGAACUGUAACUGUAACCUGCAACACAAUAAACACUGAAAACAUGAAAACAA